AUGGACGAGAAGAAAGUCAACCAACAAGUUGAACAAAUCGAGCUCAUCGAGGAUGCCAAGCAUGCUUCUCAAGAAGAGCAUGAAACGACCUUCUGGCAAGCCAUAAAGAGCAAUCGAAAAGCCGCCAUGUGGUCUGCGAUCAUUUCCUUGACCAUCAUCAUGGAAGGCUAUGACAUUGGUCUGAUCUACCAAUUCUUCGCAUACCCUUCCUUCGCCGAAACCUUUGGCAAGUGGAACGAGGCGACUCAUUCCUACCAGAUCUCUGGUCCAUGGCAAGCAGGUCUGACGAAUGGGGCCAACUGCGGCGUUGUCAUUGGAGGCUUCCUUAAUGGCUACCUCUCGGCUCGAUUUGGCUACAAGAAGGUCAUUCUCGCCGCCUUGUUCUUCAUGAACUGGUUCGUCUUCUUUCCGUUCUUCGCCAAGUCGGCGGAAGUUCUCCUCGUCGGACAGAUUCUGUGCGGUCUGACUUGGGGCGUGUUUGCGACUACUGGACCGGCGUAUGCUAGUGAGGUUUGUCCUUUGGCUUUGCGAGGAUAUUUGACUUGCUAUGUCAAUCUAUGCUGGUGCAUCGGCCAACUCAUUGCAGCUGGAAUCUUGUAUGGCUUGCUCGAUCUGCACGGAGCCAGGAGCUAUCGUAUCGCCUAUGCACUCCAAUGGGCGUGGCCGAUCCCGCUCUUUCUCCUCAUUCUCUUCGGACCAGAGUCGCCUUGGUAUCUGGUUCGAAAUGAUCGCAUCGAUGAUGCCAUGCACGCCUUGUCGAAACUCAACAAUAAGGGCGAAGAAUCGAACCGUCAGACCGUGGCUCAGAUCAUGCAUACCCUCAAGAUUGAGAACCAGAUCGAGUCGGGAGCCACCUACUUCGACUGCUUCCGAGGCAUUGAUCUGAGGCGGACUGAAAUUGUCUGCAUGACCUUUGCCGGCCAGGUGCUUUCCGGAUCAACCUUUGCUUAUGGCCCGACAUACUUCUUCCAACAGGCCGGUAUUCCAACUCACAGCUCCUACGGCAUCGCCGUCGGCGGCACCGGCGUAGCUUUCUGCGGCACAGUGUUCUCCUGGUUCCUGAUCUCCAAAUUCGGCCGCCGAACCCUCUACCUCAGCGGCAUGAUCUGCGACUGCCUGAUCCUCAUGAUCCUCGGCACCCUCGCCUCCGCCUCCACCGCUUCCGGAUCCAAAUGGGCACAAGCCGCUCUCUGCUUAGUCUGGCUCUUCGUCUACUCAUCCACCGUCGGACCCAUCUGCUACACGAUCAUUUCGGAAACCUCCAGUCUACGCCUUCGAGCCAAGUCCGUCUGCUUGUCGAGGAAUAUCUACAAUAUCACGCAGAUCGUUGCGAAUGUCAUCGAACCCUACCUCAUCAACCCCACUGAAGCAAAUCUUAAAGGCAAGACGGCUUGGUUUUGGUUUGGCACGGCUUUUUUGGCGGCUAUUUGGACGUACUUUCGACUGCCGGAGUGUCGUGGAAGGACGUAUGAGGAGUUGGAUGUCAUGUUUGCGCAGAAAGUUCCGGCGAGGAAGUUUGCGGGUUGGCAGGUUGAUGCGUAUGAUAAUGAUAUUGUUGAUGAGUCGAAGGUUGUAGAGAAGAAGUGA